ACGGCGAAUUUUUCUUCAUUUGCCCACUAUAUGCUUUUUUAAAGGGAGUUAAAAGUUUUAGGGCUAGCAGGAGCGCUGCGCCAUGCUCUCUCACGCCGACCUCCUGGAUGCUCGCCUCGGUGAGUUAUCGCCACCCAACUCCGGUCUCCAGCUCCACUGGAUGAAGGAUGCGGCGGUCGAGCUGCUCGGCCACAGGGACGCUUUGAAGUGCCGCCUCGGCGGCGCGGACACCGGCCAUCCCGGAGACCUGAGCUCCGGCGCCGACGCGGUGGAAGGGACCACCCUGCUCCCCGGGGAAGACAUAAGCAAUGGCGGAUCGAACCCCAACGGCUUGCAGCAGGUCGGCGCCAAAGAGCAGGACAAACAGCAGCAGCAACAGCAGAGCUCGGCUCAGGCCGGAGGACAGCAGAGCCAGCAGAAACAGAAACGCCACAGGACCCGCUUUACUCCGGCGCAGCUUAACGAGCUGGAGCGGAGCUUUGCAAAAACCCACUACCCGGACAUCUUCAUGAGGGAGGAACUGGCGCUCAGGAUCGGAUUAACCGAGUCCCGCGUGCAGGUCUGGUUCCAGAACCGCCGCGCCAAAUGGAAGAAGCGCAAGAAGACCACCAACGUGUUUCGAGCGCCCGGCACGCUGUUGCCCACCCACAGCCUGCCCCAGUUCCCGUCCGCCGCGGCCGCCGCCGCUGCUAUGGGGGACGGCCUGUGCUCCUUCCACGCUAACGACACGCGUUGGGCGGCGGCCGGUAUGCCGGGGGUCUCCCAGCUGCAGCUGCCGCCAUCGCUGGGCCGCCAGCAAGCCAUGGCACAGUCGUUGUCGCAGUGCAGCCUGGGAGCCGGACCGCCCCCAAAUUCCAUGGGCCUUUCCAACAGCUUACAGUCCAACGGCUCCGGGCUGCAGUCGCACCUGUACCAGCCCACCUUCCCCGGCAUGGUGCCCGCCUCCCUCUCCGGUCCGACCAACGUGAGCGGCUCGCCCCAGCUGUGCAGCUCGCCGGACAGUGACGUGUGGAGAGGGACCAGUAUCGCCUCACUACGCCGCAAAGCGCUCGAGCACACGGUGUCCAUGAGCUUCACCUAACGGGACAAAAGUGAUAAAAGGAAAAAUGAUAAUUAAGAAAAAAAGAGUUCCUCGCAAAGAAAGAAAGAAAAAAGAAAAAGAGAGAAAGACCCCAACGAGUAGUAGAGAACAGUGGAGGAGCACUCAGGAGCGGAGGGGUGGGUUUUGGGGAGGGGGUAACUGUGGGCAAUUACAAUUGGCAGCCUUAAAGGGAGAACUGAGUGGAAAUUUCAGCAGAAUAGAGAACAAGUGUAACUUUAUUCAGCAGUGAGUUACCAGGCUGCCCUCACCUCUGGUAGCAGCGAACAUACAGUUAUCCGUCUGAAUUUAAGUCUACAUUUCAAGACAGUCAGGAUAGUUUACUUCUUAAAUUUAAGAAAGCAAACCUUUCAUACAUUUAUUUAUUUUUAAUUGCAGUGACCCCAGUUGGAAAAAGGCUGGAGGUUCAGGUACUCUGGGCCAUCAGGUGACCAGGGGACUCCUAUUUAUUCAAAUUGCAGCUCAUACAUUUCUGGUGCAUUCUUUCUAAAUGAGCAACAAUCACUUCUGUAAAUAGGCUAAUUUAUUUUAAUGGGAACGUAAAUGAAAGAAUGGCUUUAUUAUUCAGCCCUGAUGUCUCUUAUGGCCAAAUAACACAAUGUCCCUGUUGAGCAGAUGGCCUGCAGUACCUCCAUCCACCCUACCUUUAUUCAUGUCAGUUGUGUGUCUUGUCCUUAUUUAUUUAUUUAUUUAUUUAUUCAUUGAUUGUUUAUUUAUUUAUCAUGAUCAUGAUCAUCAUCAUCAUCAUUUAUUUAUUUAUUUACCCAUGAUUAUCUCUAUCCUUGCAACAGUCAACUUAUUUACAGCUAUUUCUGACCACUGAGCCUGAUAUCUGUCCAAGGCAGCCUCCUGUACUGCAUGCCAAGGUUGGUUUAAAGCAUGGGGCACAUGUGGGUUGGUUCUCCCGGUUUUUGUACAGGCAAAAAAAGUUGUAUUAUGAGCAAAUUCUCCACCAAAUCCGGUUCAGCUGCAUGUCCAUUGGCGAGGAACACCGAGGGGGAGUUUACAUAAAGCAAAAUGAACUUGAAUAGGAUGUUUGUGUAGAUAAAAGCAUUCUUGUUACCUGCUGGUCUGUUUGUGAUAUGUUUUGACUUCCUGUAUGUGCUUAUUACUGAGAUGUGUUUUUGGUUUUUGGGUUGGUUCAUUUGUUUUCAUUUUUUCUUAAGCGUUUAUCCUACCAAAUGCAACACACCUGGGCAGGUUUAUAUCGAUUUAUUGUAAAAAUGGGUGAAUAAAAUCAUUUUCAGUAACGUCCAACAUGA